AUGUCAUAUCCUUUUGCGAAGCCACUUCGUCAUCCAUCGCCCCGGGACCGCGAGCUACCACCAAUUGAAAAGGCGGCGGCUCUCAUACACGCGGCCAAGACAGACCUCGACGCAUCCGCAUGGAUCUGCGAUCUCGUCCCAGUAGAAAUGUUCUCCGAUAUCUGUCUCAGAGUAUACUUUUCUGAAAAAUUCUCGGAAAGUGACUUAAUCAUCGCUAAUUCUGGUCUCCUACAAUUGUUCUUAGAGCGAUCUGAGACCACAUUGGAGGGGAAAAGUGAAAAUGAUAGCUACACGCUCAUGUGCCGCAUUAAUCUCGAGUCGGCUCUGGUUGACCUGCCGCUCCAUCUCCCAGCAACUGCGGAUAUGAUCACGGCUUUGCUGCUAGGCGCCAUGCAUGCCAUUGAGAUCUCGAAGCCAUCGCUUGCCUGGACCUUAUCAUCAAAGGCCUGGGAGCUAUGUCAAACCCUCGGGUACCAUCAACUUUCUCCCAGCAAGUACGAUACCAUUUCCGACGAGAUGAGGCCUAAGCAGCUUUUGUUCUGGAUCCUUUACUUUAUCGAUAAGAACUUGUCGUUGCGCUUAGGAAGGGCUUCUAAUAUCCAGAACUGGGACAUUACUACGCCAAUGCUUCCACUACAUGGCACUCGCUCUCCACUCGGCGCUACUGUUGCUAUGUGGAUUAACACAGCUCGGUGUCGAGGCGAUGUGUACCAGAGCUUGUACAGUCCAGAAGCUCUUUCACAACCCAACCAUGUCCGACAAUCUCGAGCUGAAGCCCUCUCGAGCGAGCUACACGAAAUCGAACGCAAGUCACGUGAAGUAAACGAUCACUACCUACAAGAAGCCAGACAAAGAUUCGGUAACCGUAUCGUCGAGUUCAUGACUCUCUGUGAUGACGUACUACGCCUUUCACUUCUUACUCUUAUCUAUCGGGCAAGUCCGCCUCCUGAAGAAUCUUCUUCAGCGUUCAUCCCACACUGCAUUGAAGCUGCGAGAGCUACGCUACAACGACACCAAGAUUUCCUCAGCGUCUUCAAAGAUGUCAACUCGCUAUACUUCUCGACCUAUGUGCAUUGGGCACUGCUCCUUGCACCGUUUACUCCGUUUAUCGUGCUGUUUUGCCAUGUUAUAGAAUGUCAAGAUGAAACCGAUCUCAACCGCCUUCAAGCUUUCAUAACAUCAAUGGAGUCAACUCCAACACUUUCGGAGGCUGCGGCGAAGAUGCAUCGCCUCUUUCAGGUACUUUAUCAAGUUGCCCUGCGCUACCUCGAGAAUUUCUCUUCAGAUUCGAAUGGAGGACAGCCGCAGUCUAACGCCACACUCAACGCCUAUUUAACAACUUUGGGUUUGCCUAUAUUGAACCAGGAUAUUCACCAUCAAGGUAGUUCGGCCUUGUCAUCCAACAGAAGCCCAGGCGUCAACUCUCAGCAGGCUAUGGAAGGCGCAUUAGAUACUCUCAGAGGCCUUGAUGGUCAGGAAGGAAUAUAUCCGACUGUUUGGAUGGGUAACAGGAAUGGGCUUGAAGAAUGGUUCAACGGAAAUCACCAGAUGAUAGAUCUACUCGAGGAGCCCAGCUUUAACUUUCCUCCUCAGAGUCAGUAG